AUGGCUAAGGCGACCACCUCCUCAAAGCUGGAGGACCUGGACCUGAGUGGAGACGAGGUAAAGCGGCUCACCUCCGCCUUCCAGGACCCAGAGUUCCGGCAGUUGUUCGCCCAGUACGCGGAGGGGCUCACCGACCCCGAGAACCGGCGGCGCUACGAGGCAGAGAUCAUCGCGCUGGAGCGGGAGCGCGGCGUGGAGGUCCGCUUUGUGCACCCGGAGCCGGGCCACGUGCUGCGCACCAGCCUGGACGGAGCUCGCCGCUGCUUCGUGAACGUGUGCAGCAAUGAGCUGGUGGGCGCGCCCAGCAGCCGGCCGGGCUGCGGAGGCCAGGCGGCAGGCCACCACUGGUCGCUGCCCCACAGCCUGGCGCCGGGCCGCGAGUACGCGGGCCGCCAGGGCACCCGCUACACCGUCUACGAUGUGGUCUUCCACCCUGAAGCGCUCGCGCUCGCCCGGCGCCAGGAACGCUUCCGCCACAUGCUCAACUCUACGGCCCUGGAAGCUGUCGAGAAGCAGUUCGGUGUGAAGCUGGAUCGCAGGAAUGCCAAGACCCUGAAGAUUAAGUACAAGGGGACCCCGGAGGCCGCUGUGCUCCGCAGGCCGCUGCCAGGGGGUGCUCCGGCCCAGCCAGAGGAGGAGGCAGGGAACCCUCUCCCGGAUUUCCCCUACCCUUACCAGUACCCAGCAGCCAGAGGAACCUCUGUGGUCCCCCAACCUCACGAGUCCUCCCCUACGGAGGCGGCGCCUGCUCCGCCGCCGGCCCCCACCGAGCCUCGCUACAGCGUGGUGCAGCGCCACCACGUGGACCUGCAGGAUUACCGCUGUUCCCGGGACUCGGCGCCAAGUACCGUGCCCCGCGAGCUGGUGGUCACCAUCGAGCUGCCGCUGCUGCGUUCGGCCGAGCAGGCCGCACUGGAGGUAACGGGAAAGCUGCUCUGCCUCGACUCGAGGAAGCCCGACUACCGGCUACGGCUCUCCCUCCCGUACCCCGUAGACGACAGCCGCGGUAAGGCGCAGUUCAACAAGGCGCGGCGACAGCUGGUGGUCACGCUGCCGGUGGCGCUGUCUGCAGCGCGCCGGGAGCCCUCCGCGGCGCCGGAAGUGGCCGCCGACUGGGCCGGAACUGACGGCGCGGCCUGCGAUCCAGCUCUACGGCAGGAGGCGGGACCGACCGAGGGUCUCCGUAGGGACAGAGGCUCGAGUCCCGGCACGUCCGGGGCCGCAGACACCAGGAUCGGCCCCCCAAGUUCCCCUGGUGUGGAGUCCUCUUCUGCGGGCGCUGAGGAGAACCUUGUUCCCCAACUGGAAGAGCAGGCAUUAGGCAAGCACGAGGGAUCUCCACCUCCGGGACCUGGAAGCCCUGCUGAGGACGGUGGCACAGACCCUUGUGUUCUAUUCGGAGACCCUGACUCGCAGUCCUCUCCAGGAGGUGAAGGUGCAGGCGGAGAGCUGAAUGUGGAGACGCACGUGGCCCCAGAAGACACCUGCUGGGGGCCCACUGACGGAGUCAUGGAUGGACUCCGCACGGAAAGCGCAGAAACUUUGUGCCCUCCUUUGCAGUGUAAUCAGGACGAAGAAUCUUUGACUCUACUAAUUCAAGUGUCUCGGAUCUUGCCGCAAAGUUUUCAAGGGGAUUUGAGCCCCUGCCGGUACAAAUUGUACUUCUCAACACAAGACUUUGUGUAUUAUUCCGCCCUGUUGCAGUUUGCUCCGGAGAAUAAAUUGAGUACCAAAGAACCUGUGAUUAGCAUUUCUUCAAACAAUGCCGUGAUAGAACUGGCCAAAUCUCCAGAGAGCCGUGGACAUUGGAGACAGUGGUAUUAUGGUUUAAACAACGAUUCUUUGGAGGAAAAGUUGUUUGUCAAUGAAGAAAAUGUUAAUGAGUUAAUUGAAGAUGCUUUGAGUUCUCCACUCCAACAGAAAAUAUCUGUAGCCCCACCAUUAAUUGAAGUUCUUCAGAUCACUGACAAUAAUAUUCAAAUUCAUACAAAGUCACAAGAAUGUCCUAACUCUUAUCAACUUGAUGUAAAAGAAGGAGCCAAUGAUGGAAGAAAUCAUUUGACUCAAAAUGAAAAUACAAAACAUCUAAUCACCACUACAGCUGAAGAAGAAAAUAUAGAACAUUUAAGCACCACUGUAUAUGAACAAGAGCAUAACCUGGGAAAUGCCAGAAGUUCUGAUUCAUCACUAGCAGUAGACAGCAGUGGUUUAGUUACAUGCUUGCAGCAAAAGUCUGUUGAUGUUUCACAAGUGCUAUCUGGAAAAUCUCAGCAAUCUGAGUCAAAAAUGGAACCUGGAUUCCUCAAAGAAAAAUGUGCUGUUAACAUGAAUGAGGAAAAACACAAUUUCAAAGAACCAGUAGCAACUGGAGAGAAAGUAUUAGAUCGAGAUCACCCAUCUUUACUACAGAACAGAACUACAGCUCACCACAUACCUGCUUCUGAAAGCAUAAAAGAAACCAAUAUGCAGGAUGGUAGUGUACAAAUUCUUAAAGAUCAUGUAACUCACUGUGCAUUCAGUUUUCAGAAUUCUUUGCUCUAUGACUUAGACUAA